AUCAUCGCCGAGGGAGCGAACGGUCCGACCACGCCGGAAGCCGACCGCAUCUUCCUGGACAGAAACAUCAUGGUGAUCCCGGACAUGUACCUGAACGCCGGCGGUGUGACCGUUUCGUACUUCGAGUGGUUGAAGAAUCUGAAUCACGUCAGCUACGGUCGACUCACCUUCAAAUACGAGCGCGACUCCAACUACCACCUGCUCAUGUCGGUCCAGGAGAGUUUAGAGAGGAAGUUUGGGAAACAUGGCGGCGCCAUUCCCAUCGUCCCCACCUCUGAGUUCCAGGCCAGGGUCGCUGGAGCGUCUGAGAAGGACAUCGUUCACUCAGGUCUGGCGUACACCAUGGAGCGCUCUGCCAGGCAAAUCAUGCGGACGGCCAACAAGUACAACCUGGGAUUGGACCUGCGGACGGCGGCGUACGUCAACGCCAUCGAGAAGGUGUUCCAGGUUUACAACGAGGCCGGCCUCACCUUCACAUAGAGACGCCUGCCUGUCUCUUGUCUGUCCGUCUGUCUGUCGGUUGUCCAUCGCCUCUGCAGGACACUUUGCAUACAGCAGCUGUGCGGAUCAAGAGUCUGACAGUUUGUCUCUGACGCUCCUCUGAAUCACAUAUCAGCUCAAAUACACCUGCAGAGAAAUAAAUAAAUAUAAAUAUA